ACCGUAGAUGUACUGACAUUUACUCCUUACAGUAUAAAUUAGUGGAGAAGGAGCGAGUAGGCGGAGAAUCAAAUACCGAUGGCGUCAGGAGGAAACGCCGUACCUCCGACGGUGGCAGGGGGAGGAGGAAGCGUGGAAUGGCACGUUCGACCUCCAAACCCUAAAAAUCCGAUUGUUUUCUUCGAUAUUACCAUAGGCACCAUUGAUGCCGGUCGUAUCAAGAUGGAGCUCUUCGCCGAUAUUGCUCCUAAAACCGCCGAAAAUUUCAGGCAGUUCUGCACUGGAGAGUACAGAAAAGCUGGCUUGCCUGUUGGGUUCAAAGGAUGCCAAUUUCACAGGGUGAUCAAGGAUUUUAUGAUUCAAGCUGGAGAUUUUGUAAAGGAUGAUGGCAGUGGAUGUGUUUCAAUAUACGGGCAUAAGUUUGAAGAUGAAAAUUUUAUUGCCAAGCAUACUGGCCCUGGCCUGCUAUCAAUGGCAAAUAGUGGACCAAAUAGUAAUGGGUGCCAGUUUUUCAUCACUUGUGCAAAAUGUGAUUGGCUCGACAAUAAGCACGUUGUCUUUGGGAGAGUUCUCGGAGAUGGUCUUUUGGUAGUUCGGAAAAUUGAGAAUGUGGCUACUGGACCUAACAAUCGGCCUAAACUUGCUUGCGUUAUUGCUGAAUGUGGGGAAAUGUAAAGCCUUAAAACUACAAGGCUCAAUUCUCUUGCUUAACUGUUGUAGAAAGGAAAAAGUGAACUACUUACUGAGGAUUAACCACAAACAUUUACCUCUAAACACUUUCCUAAUUUCGUGAAAUUUCCGUUUGUGACAUGCUAACUAUUUUGCCUACGUGCACGCAAUGUAUAACUAAAUUCGGACACUUGCUUUCCUCGAUGAA